AUGAACAUUUAUUUUACAAGAAAUUUUUAUACAACUACUGAAGAAGCAUAUCUAGUCGCGAAGGGAGCCUUUAUGGACGAACUGGAAAAACUCUCAAAUGACCUUGCUUCUACGUCCAUGAAUAAUUCAGCUUCAAAGAUUGCUGGAUUAUCAUAUCGAUCGAUGCCGAAGAUUGAAUUGCCUAAAUUUUCUGGAAGUUACACGGAGUGGGAAAAUUUCAAAGAUUUUUUCACAUCUUUGGUCCAUUCAAAUCCUGAAGUCUCGUCAGUGAAGAAGCUUCAUCAUUUAAAAUCCAGUCUUAUAGGUGAAGCAACUCAACUUCUUCAUCGAAUUCCGAUCACUUAA